AUGCCUUCUCCACCGGCAACAGAACCAGCAACAGGACCAGCAACAGAACCAGAACCAGCACCAGCACCAGCACCAGCACCAGCACCAGCACCAGCACCAGCACCAGCGCCAGCGCCAGCAUCAUGCGAACGUAGACCGUCGACCACUUCGACUCCAUACGGCGACCUUCUUGCUCGAAUAAUUACCAACCCAUAUGGCGAUCGAAGCACCUCCACCUCCCUCACAGCCGUAAACUCCACUCCCUAUGCGGCGACGGACGCGGACCUGGAACGAGCAUAUUUUUGGGCGGACGAAGUCACUGCUGCGCAGGGUCAACUCCUACCAUGGCCAAGCUAUGGACAUCGAAUGCGAGAGACACUGUUACCCCUGCAGGAAGAACCUGACCUCGACCACUACGACUCGAAUGGGACCGUAGAUACGAUUGACGCCACUGCCAGGACGCUCCCGCAUUUGAUUUGCUUCGGCCAGGCCUUUGGGGAAGUGGGCGCUGUGCGGAACCCGCAGUUCCAUGCUGAGAUGCUCAAUCUGCUCCAUCCUCCGGACUCUUCAGCGGGUCUGCUGCGGCUGGGAUCGUAUUCGAAGUGGCCACAUGCUGACAGUGAGAUCAAUUCAGUACAUGAUGCAAGUUUCAACCUCAAUUCCGACGCAUACGAAAUGCCCUUGGCCGAAAUGAAAGACGCCGUCAUUGGGGUUGAAGCCACAUCCUAUCUCCAAAAUAUGAUUGACGAUCAACCUGCCCACGAACCACUCCUCGCUGCUCUCGGUGGAGACCCGAUAGCUUUGAGAAACCAUAUUGAGAAUGAGUUGGACAUGUGGAAGGCACAUGGCAUGAGACCGGUCUUCGUCUUCGAUGGGCAGUCUGUCGUUGGCAAGGACGAGAUGAACUUGAGAAAUGCUCGGGCAGCACUUGCGAAGACACAAACGGCGUGGGAGUUGUAUAGCAACAACCACCCUGAGGAUGCAGUCAAGGCAUUCGGCGGGGCCAUCCGAGUUCAAAACCUGUACCACAUCCUACAGGAAGCUUUAGUUGCGAGGGGUCUAGAUUUUCAAAUCGCACCUUUCAGUGCCUGUGCUCAGCUGGCGUAUCUGGAUACCCUCGACGAACAAUAUAUUGAUGGUAUUAUGGGUUCGAAAGAACUCCUCCUUUAUAACAUCAAUGAUGCAAUCAUCAGUCCUCCAUCCGUGACCGACUGGGAGAAGGGAUCCUUCCAGGGCAUCAUCAAGUCGGAAUUGAUCGCGAAACUCAACGUUGCUAACCCGGAAAUGUUCGCUGACGCUUUACUAAUGGUUGGCACUUCAUUCUUGCCGCCAUUCCCACCUCUCCAAGUCGAUAGUAUCAUCUCUCACCAGCCAUAUACCCUUACCGAUGCCAUUAAUCUCCUCAGAACCUCCGAUCGAUCGGUCACGAACACAUGCAACGCUUUCCAGGAUAUCCUAGAGAAGCGAGAUCCGGAAUGGCUGAAGAAAUACCGGAAGGCAAAAUUGAGCGUCAAGCACUGCUGCACGGUUAGCGAGGAUGGAUUCGUCUCUAUUCGGGACCACGACGGUCUCACUAGCGACAACGCAGACUACCUUGGCUUGCAAAUGCCUUCCGAACUGUACCACUACCUGUCGAAAGCUUUGAUCGGCCCUAGAAUCAUGAACUGCUUCGUGCAUCUAAAAUGGAACAUCCUUCCUACUUUGGACGGCGUUAUCUCCGAUGAGUACAAGAAACUUGUCUCGCAAUCGCUUGUUCCUCUGAAGGAAACUACCGCUGCUCUCGUAUCUUCCCGUAUGGCUCGAGCUAUACAAUUCAAGGACAUCGAGAUGUUCUUCUGGUUUGAUGAAACCCUUAAGCAGACUUUAGUCCAUCGCAAUAUGCAACCGCAAGCGAACCAGAAGACCGACUCCUGGGGCGUCAAGGAACCAGAGCUCAAAGAGCAAGAGAAGGCGAUUGGAAUACCAGCCGGCAGCCUGUCGUUCGCAAUCCUCGCAUUACAGUCACCAAAAUUUCCCGCCUCGACUAUUUACAUCCCGACCGGCAAAGAGCACGUCACUGGGAUCGACUCAAAGGUUGAGCUUCAAUCAAAUGUUCUGUGGCGCUUCCUCCAUCUCCGAGGCUACAUCAAUGAUCAGCACGAAUUGACGAAUUGGGGCAAAGCCUUGGCCAUUACACUGAAGGCUGUUGGUCCCACCAUCAAGGCUUACAACGAUAUUCACCACCUUGAAGAAGCAACCUUCCUUGCCUUUGAACUCCUCCGCUUCGACAAUCUCAAUUCGCACCGUCGCCACUCGGAGCUUAUUGGUGGUCCUCUGCGGGGAUCAGAGGAAGAUAAGGCCCACUGCAUUCUAAUUGGACGUACUGCUUGUCUGCUAAAGCUUCGUCACGAGAACUUGGGCUACACCGGACCUCUUAGCAAGAACUUCCUCGCUUUCCACUCCAUCAUCAAGGAGGUUCGGGAAACAGAUAGAGACUUGAUGGAAGGUGUUCUCGCAUCUCUUUUGCUGAAUGGACAAGGAAAGCGCCCUCGAGACGAUCUUGACGGUUUGGGCCGAAGCCUUCCUUUCUCCAAAGAUAUUGACACCAGUCUCGGCAUUGCUGUCAAGACGUAUCUUGACGACUUUUUCAAACUCGAAUGGACCCCCCAAGAGCGCCAAGACAAUAAGUUAGAAUACAUCCGAAAGUAUCUACCACACAGCGUCAACUUCGCAGAGGAUCUCGAAGUUGCCUUCACAUUGUUCGAUGCCGUUUACGAAGGUGUGUCGGCUCUCGGCGACGAGAUCAAUGAGGCGGACAGGAAGGUUUGGGACAGUGCCCAUGCCUACCUGGCCAAGCGGAGAUGA